GGCUCUUCUCCCUUCGGUGUAUGUUAGCUGAAGUUUGCUGUAGGCUAAUGAAGCGAAAAGAAACCUAGUAACAUUGGCGCAUAACCAAAGAUACAUUGUAUAUCUCCGCUAAUGUCACCAUAAUGUAGUCAGCCAUUUUAGGCUACUGCAGGACAGUUGUACAGGAUAUCUCAAAAUUUGACCGCAUGUCAUUCAAAACAUAGCCAGCAUGGGGACGUUAGGUCAGUGAUCAUCGUUUGUUAAUCUUCACAAAUUUUGAUGGCACGCUAGAAAUGUUUACGAUGACGCUGACAUUUUACUCACUCAGAUCGUAGCCCAACAGGAAGGGAACGAUCAGAGGUUUAACCAACAUGUUUGCGAGAAGUCUUAGCUGACAUAAGAUUUAAAACACAAGUUGUUUUGGAUUGUAAACGCAGAAUGGUCACAUUAGUGUGACAGAUUUUUCUCAUCUUGAGCAAUUCGUCUUUUCAUUGUCGACACGACAGUAAAAGGAGUUUAGCUACCCUCCUUAAAAGUUACGAACGUUCUGGUUCCGAGAAGUGUCAUAGCGAGAUCGCUGGGUUGCUACAGAUCCUCGACUGUUAGGGCAAUGGGUGCCCUGCGUUUAUUUACCGGCAUAAUGGGCAGGAUCAGUACUUUUAGAUCCUACCAAAUCGUCCUCCUUCUUGCAGCUGCCUUGGCAGUUGUUGCAUUCUAUUAUUUCGGGUCAGAGAGACAGAAUUUCUCCAGCACGACCAAGCGCAUCAAACAGACCCAGGCAAGCCACAACGCCAAUCGCAACGACGCUGACCUGUCGCUGGACACCAGGUUGUUGCACGCCGAGGAAAAAGCGGGGUCUGCUGGGGAAGGCGAGGAAGGUAGGGCGAGGAGGACUCACAGCCAGCCCGAGGAGAUGCAGCGUUACCAUGCGCUGAUGAUGUUCACCAAGGUGGACAAGAACAGGGGCCUUCAGGCCAAAUUCCAGGUGGCGAUGCGUUCAAUGGCCAAACACGGGCGCUUUCUGGAAGAGGAGGUACUCGUGCUUCACUUUGUGAGUGAUGAGGCGAGCCAGGAGCUGGGCAAGCAGUUGCUCCCUGAGCUGCUUCUGGAUGCCUCCUUCAAGUAUGAGGGCACUUGA